AUGAAGAAGUUAGACUUACAUAACCCAAUAGGAACAGAAUCUAGACUGUAUUCCAAAGAGCUUCUGAUAACUCAGGAUAUUCAAAGGGUUUUGGAACAGGCCAGCGUCCCCGGCCAUUUGGGAGUUGCACGCGUUCGUCCCCGGGGUUCGGGCCGCUGGGCCUUCACGCGCAGCCUUUUUGUUUACUCCGCCAGCAGGGGAGAGAGGGAGCGAGCGUGUAAAGAUGCUGCGGGCCCCGGGGGCUAUAUAAAGCUUUGGGUUCGGGCCAGAUCCGCAAGCUUCUGGAGACCGUGGAUUGAAGACGGAGGAGAGAAGGAGCAGGAGGCGCCGCACCACGCCGUGGAGGCGAUGCCAGAUGGCCCCGGAAUAACGGACGCCUCAGGAAAGCUUUCCCAAUACAGACACCCAGUCAGACUAUUUUGGCCAAAAUCAAAGUGUUAUGAUUACUUAUAUCAAGAAGCAGAAGCUCUUCUGAAAAAUUUUCCAAUUCAAGCCACAAUUUCAUUUUAUGAAGAUUCUGAUAGUGAAGAUGAAACUGAGGAGCUGAUCUGUGAAAAUUAACCUGAUUACUUUUGAUGACAUUCAAAGCUUGUAGGUACAAAUUAGUGUACAAAUGUAUCAUAAUCCUUUUUAAAUUAUUUGUAUAUAAAUUAUUAAUAAAAUGAAAUAUUUAGUAAUUA